AUGCUGGGGCCCAGCGCGGUGGUGCGCAGCGGGGGGCUGCUGUCCGGUGCCCGCCUGGGCUGCCGCCUGCGGGAGGAGGACUCUGGGCGCAGGGAGACCUUCAGCGCGGAGUGGUUGGACCUGGAGCUCAGCACCCGACCUGAGCAGGGGUGGUGCCGGCGGGAGGUGGACCAGCAGCGCCGGGAGACGCUGGAGCAGUGCGGGGAGCUGCGGGUCCUGGAGCAGCGCUCGCCCUGGGGGGUGCUGCGGGUGGGCUGCCUGGGACAGCCCCUGGCCCAGCACCUCCUGCCCUACGCCCGCACCCUGCCCCUGCCCCUCUUCUCCCCCUCAGACCUCCGCGGUGCCAAGGCCGGGCUGCCCCGCACCCUCUCCCGCUCUCUGUCCCAUGAAGCCCAGAGAGGCUGAGGGUGCUGGG